AUGACAAGUACAGUAGUUCAAUACAUAUUACUUCGAAGUGAUUUAUUGAAGGAUCUGGGAUGGUCCAUUGGGGCUUUAGUAGCACAGGCGUGCCAUGCGUCGUCAGCUGUAUUACAUAUAUUUAAAGACGACGAAUAUACUGUACAAUAUAUGAAUGACUUAGACAACAUGCAUAAAGUUGUAUUAGAAAUACCAAAUGAAGAGUCCUUAAGAAAAAUAGCAGAAAAAUUAAAGGAAAAUUCUAUAGACUAUAAAUUGUGGAUUGAACAACCAGAAAACAUACCCACUUGUUUAGCGCUUAAGCCAUAUCCUAAAGAGGAAGUAAAAAAGUUUGUUAGCAAGUUUAAACUAUUUAAGACUACUUUAGCAUAG